UGUCGUUCGCCGCCUCCCUUGUUCCUUGUUAUUGGAUAUCCCUCCGCCCUCCGACGCAGUUAUCCAAAAGAGAAAAAACAGCAAGCUAGUUUGUAAACACCAUCCACGGCAGAUUUUCUUGGAGAUUUUUAAGAUCUCCCAGCCUGUGACAAUGAAGUUUAUGUACAAAGAAGAACAUCCAUUUGAGAAGCGACGGUCCGAAGGGGAGAAAAUCAGAAAGAAGUACCCGGAUAGAGUGCCUGUGAUCGUCGAGAAAGCUCCCAAAGCCAGAAUAGGAGAUCUGGACAAGAAGAAAUAUCUCGUCCCGUCUGACCUCACAGUGGGGCAGUUCUACUUCCUCAUUCGGAAAAGGAUCCACUUGAGGGCCGAAGAUGCCCUCUUCUUCUUUGUAAACAACGUCAUUCCUCCAACAUCAGCCACUAUGGGGCUGCUUUACCAGGAGCACCAUGAAGAAGACUUUUUCCUUUACAUUGCCUACAGUGAUGAAAGCGUCUAUGGGGAUGUUUUGCGAGAUGUGUAACCAAUUUACUUGCCCCACACUACCCUUCCUUAAAAUAAAAUGAUCAAUACGUUAGGCCACUUGAAGUGUACAUGUUGAAUGCAAUUUCAUAUCCUCCUAGUCUGUUUAUGAAAUAUUGUUUGUACUCUAUGCUGCCUGCAUAUUGUUCCUUCCUACUUAAGAGUUCCUCCCUCAGUCUUGCUUUUAGGCAGACCGGAUACAGCCUACGUCCUGGUCUGUUUCAGUAAAUUAGUGGUACUCAUAUCCGUAAAAGCUUUUUCAAUGUUCUACACUUCUCCUUUCACCUUUUCUCACUUUCCCCCAGCACCGACAUGCAUCCUGCAGUCACCUUGCUAUUCUGUCGAUCUUUAAUGUUUGGUUCGAGUUUGUUUUUUAGCCACCAUAUUUGCACAGACCAAAAUCACUGAUAAUACUGGACUAUCUUACCAUGUAAUGUGUGUGAGUGUGAGUGUGUUUGUGUACCGUUGCCAAUAAUGAUUAUUUUGAAAUGGGUUGGGGCUGCUGUUCGUUUGAAUAAGCUGGUUAAAAGAUUUCAAAAAAAUGUUUAUUUUCAUUUGACAUGUAGGAGAUUGCUUGUUUAUGUUUCAAUUUUCUUAUAAUCAUUAUUAUGAGGUUGACAAGGUUCAUGACUUGAUUGGCCUCUUUUUUUUUUUUUGUAUCAUGGAUUGGUGUGUUUUGUUCCUUUUCCCCUAAAAGCGUUAAUUGUCAUGGUCACCAAUCUUAAGCUUGCCAUAAUUAUAAACCUGAUGUAAAAAGCU